AUGGACCCGAUCGAGGCCUCGAUGCAAGCCGAUGGCAGCCAGCCCGACGGCGCGGCGGCAACUGCGGCAGCGCGAGGCGGAGAUCGCGGCGGCGGCGAGCAAAGCAUGAUGGAGCUGUUGCUUGAUGGCGCGGCAAAGCCCGCCGCGCCCGCGCAAGCGCCCGUUGCGCCAGGCGGCGGCUUUGGCGAUCUGAUCCAGGAGAACCGCGUCGACCGUGGCGCCGGCGCGCUCGCGCCGCCCGCGGGCGCGGCCGGGGGCAGCUCGCUCGCCGGGCCCGACGAGCUGCUCGCCGCGCAGGCGCGCAUGUGGGCGCCCGGCGCGGCGGGCGCGGGCGGCGGCGCGGGCGGCGGCGGCGGGCAGAAGCAGCCGCGCGGCAAGAAGGGCGGGGACGACGAUGAGGAUGACGACUGGCAGCCGGGCAAGAAGCAGAGCAAGCGGGCGCGCACGGGCGGCGCCGCAGCAGCACGCGGCGGCGGCGGCGGCGGCGCAGGCGCGGGUGAUGCAAUCCCUUCUAUGCUGGGCGGCACGGACCCGGCUGGGGCGCUGGGCGGUGCGGCAGGCUGGGACACCCAGGCCCUCAGUCAAUGGAUGCCUGGGGGCUUCGCCCCCAUGCCUGGCGCCAUGGCCGGCGCCUUCGGCCGCGGCGGGGGCGGCGGCCUCAUGCCCAGCAUGCUUGGCGGCGGCGGCGGCGGCGCGUUCAUGGGCGGGCCGGGCGCAUACCCGCUGGACGCCGGCCACCAAGCCAUGCUGGCGCAGCAGCAGCAGUUCAUGAUGCAGCAGCAGCUCAUGAACGCCGCAGCCAUGAACGCCGGCGGUGCGCGCCUGUACCCGUCCUUUGGCGGCCCACCGCUCACCUACGGCGCCGCGUUUGGCGGCGCGGUGCGCCCCGGCAUGCCGGGGUUUGGGGGUCCCGGCAUGUGGACGCGCGGGCGCAACGCCGCGCCCUUCAUGGCGAUGCAGCAGGCGCCGCCCCCGGAGCCCGAGUCGGCGCACGAGGCAGACGAACUGCUAUCCAAGUGCGAGCAGAUCUCGGCCAGCCUUCACGCGGCCCUGAAGACGCGACCCAUCAAGAUCAAGAAGAAGAAGCACCACGGGGCCCCGGGCUCAGAUGGCGGCGCCGCCCCAGGCAAGCUGGAGGAGGGCGCCGACGGCAGCAGCGGCGGCGGGGCCAAGCCGGCGGCCAACGGGGCUGCGGGGGUGGCGGCGGGGCGCGGCAAGCCGCCGCUGCCAGAAGUCAAGAUGGACGGCGGCGCGGCAGUCGUGCAGGUGGUGUCUGAGUCUGAGUCAGACCCUGAGGAGGAGGGGGACCUUGUGUCCAGGGGGGCGCGGCUGGAGGCGGCUACAGGCCCCGCGUCUGCCUACCUUAAGCCGUACCAGCUGGUGGGCAUCAACUUCCUGCUCCUGCUCUACAGGCAGAAGGUCGGCGGCGCGAUCCUGGCGGACGAGAUGGGGCUGGGCAAGACGGCGCAGGCCAUCUGCUUCCUGGGGGUGCUGUCAGACUGGGAGAACGACAGGGGCCCCCACCUGGUGUGUGCGCCGGCGUCGCUGCUGGACAACUGGGCGCGUGAGAUCGGCCACUGGUGCCCCAAGCUGCGGGUCCUGACCUACCACGGCAACAGCAGGGAGGAGACCCGCGGGCGCCUGGAGGCGUGGCGCAUGAAGGUGGCGGAGGCUCUUGACCGCGGCGACCUGAAGGAGCCGCCCCCAGGCUACAUCCGCCCCGGGCAGGAGGCCGCCGCAAUAGGCAGCGGCGACCGCCGCGGCCGCGGGGCUGCUGACGACGACGACGAGGACGAGGACGAGGCAGAGGGCGCGGAUGACAGCAGCGACGGGGACAGCGUCAGCGAGGAGGAGCCCGACGGCGUGGCCGUGGCGGCGCACCUGUCCAAGACCAAGGAGCUGCUGGAUGAGGACGAGCACAACAUAGCCAGCGGGCGGGGCGCGUUUGACGUCAUGCUGACAACAUACUCCAUGUUUGAGCGAGAGAGCCAGCGGCACACCACCGACCGCGCGUUCCUGCGCAAGUGGAAGUGGAGCCAGGUGGUCAUGGACGAGGCGCACGCCCUCAAGAACGCGGCGUCCUCGCGCGCGCGCCGCCUGAGGCGCCUCGCACAG